CAAGCAGGACGUAAGAUGUACGAUGCUACUAAAGGUGAAGAAGUAGUUGAUAUUAUACACGAUCAUGAUGUUGAUAAAUACAAGCGAAGAAGUGCACUUCAUUGGUUCGCAAGAUGGUUCAAGAGUAGAACUAGCGAAAAAUCAAUUAAAGAGCCAGGUGGAUCUAUGAAACGCUAUGCAGUGAUCCUAAUCAUUGGAGUCAUUGCCUUCUUUACGAUAGUUGUCAUCUUCACACAAGUUGGGAGGGCAUCUGCUGACAAGGACCCAUUCCUAGACCCAAUGGCAAAUCCCAACAUCCGAGUAGGCAGGAAGGUUCUAGAAGCUGUAGGCUUUUGAUGAUGACUGUUCACUUUAUUAUAAACUUGUAAAAAUUAAGCCUACCACAGAGAACAUGCCAUUGUAUGGUAUGAUCCAUGUACAAAAACUGUCUCCACCUACAUGGAGCUCAGUCUCUCUGUCGCUGAGGGUGGUCUGCACAGAGACCGUGAGUAGAGGAGGUACCCAGGCCAAGAACUACAUUAAGUAAUACUGUAUAUAAACAUAGCACCAGGAUAAAGUGACCACUAUAGUAAAAUAAAUUACAAAGUACUGAUUUCACCUAUGGUAUUGGAUUUGCAAUGGAAAUGCAAAUUGUAUUAAGGUAAAAACAUUAGUAUUAAUUCCUGAGGUUUAAUGUGUUGCUGUAUUUCAAUGGCGUGAAUACUAUGAUGGUAUCUUUGUUAAUUGAGGGUCUUUAUUAGAGAGGUUUACCACGCGAACGAAUACGUGUACACAUAAGUUUAGCUAUCCGUAAUGGUUCGUAGCCAUCCUGUGUUUUUCGCAGUCACAGCGUGCAAUUCAAGUGUAGCCUAGGUCCUUAGCUUAGGCCUACUAUACACUGCACUCUUCUCUCAUCAUGCUUUUCAAAGUUUUAUUAGUAUAUGUAAGGUUUUGGAAAUUGAAAUUAAAAAUUGUAGCCAAAAAAUACUUCCUUUGUUGUCCAGAAGUGUUGGUUAUUUUGUGAUAGGCCCUAUUGUUUAUGACCCAAAAGUGCCUGGCUACAAGUAGGCCUAGGCCUACACAAAAUCCUGACACCACAAAAUGAGACGCAUCCUAUCGUAAUUUGCUGUCUUCAGAUGUCACAAAAAUGGCACAUACAUAUUCAAGGAUACAUUUAUUUUUUACACUUACGUAAAAUGUGAAAAAAUACACGAAGAUCCUACUAGAAAUCCAAAAUUUCCCUACGCGUUUUUCACUUAUGUGUAGUGAGAGAGAUAUGCGUGUCGUCCACACAUUUAGCGGAUAGCAGCCGUCGUAUAACGUCAAAAUAAUGAAGUAUCCGUCACACUAACUGUACGCGUUCCCGUGCGAAACCUCCCUAAUACUUGGAAAUAGCUCCAAAUUGGAAAGAGGACAGGCCAAACCUACAUGUAAAGUCUAAUUGGAGAAG